CAGCUGGAGAUGCCACCACAUGCCUUUGGCAGAACGGCUCAGAGAAAACCAGGCAGUGGACUGUGCUGCCCACCCUUAGGCUGUGAGGCACAGCCGUGGAAACAGGAGGAUUAAAAAGCCUCUCAAUUUAAAGAGACAAGGGGGAGGGGAGCGCGGGCUGCACAGUUUAUAAAUAGACAUUGCUCCAGGCUGCCUGAUGAUGAAGUGGCUGUUUGGUAAAUUUUUCUUUUUUCAGGAUGCCAUUAUCAGAGACCGUUCCAAACACCAGGUUCGCUUAGUGGUCCGGGUGGGUUUCAUCAAAUCUUGGGCUGUAUUUCUGCCAGUUUUAGGGGCAGGCCUUUAAUAUUUCAAGUCACAUUCCCAUGGAGCACAGAGAUGGUGAUGAUGAUGAUGAUGAUGUGUCUUUUGCAAAGUGGAUGAGCAGCUUCUGGGGUCACAGCUGGAGAGACAAGGAUGAACGAGGACUCCGGGACCACCACCGACCACAAGAAAUAAGCUCCAGGAAGGCUUCUCUGCCCUGCCCAUUUCCUGCAUUUCCCGGCGUUACAUCACCUGACUGCCACCCCAGACGACAUUCCCAUGAGGACCAGGGAUCCAGAAGCCAACUUUCCACGCGGUAUCACAGAAAACACUCAGUGGAUGGGCCAUUCAAGGAGCCAACGGACUCACGAAGAGGAACUCAGUUCAAAAUGCAGGGAUUUUCAGAAUCCUUUGAGCAACACCUGUGCCUUCAGAGCAAGCACUCUCCCGCUGCGGGACCCAAAGGGAGGAAAGAGAGAAACGAAAGACAUUGUCUAGAGACCGACAUGAGAUCCUACAAGAAAGUGGAGGACAGAAGAAGCUCGAUGAAGGAAGCACACGGAGAUGCACCCAUGGCUCCCCUGAUGGAAAAGGCACCAGAGUGAUGCUCUGACAGAUGCCACUGGUUGUUCUGAGACCCUGCUCUUCCUGCAGAACGGCAGCUGGACAGAGUGUCUGCAGAUGUUGAGACUGAAGUGGCCAGUUGCAAUGGCUGUUUCUCACAAUGGCUUGUGUCACACUCCAGCAUCUUACUAGAGUGUGCAAUCUUCAUUUUAUGUCCUUCCAUAAUAAGAAAAAAAAAUAAAGUCAUUUGAAUAGAAAA